CUCCAACAUCACAUCACCACCACUAACAUCACUCCAACAUCACAUCACCACCACUAACAUCACUCCAACAUCACCACCACUAACAUCACUCCAACAUCACCACCACCACCACUAACAUCACCCUGCUGGUCCCCGCUGGUCCCCGUGAGAUGCGCCCGCGUCGCGCUGCUACACCGCGGCUUCGCUGCGCGACCCUGCGGGAGCCGGCGCCCUAGAGCGGGACCCGGGGGGGACCCCUCUUCUUCCUCCUCCUCCUCCUCUUCCUCCUCUUCCUCCUCUUCGCCGAGCCAGGUUCCCUCGUCCCCCACCCCCCCAGGUCCUCCCACCAUCCACGGCACCCGGAGUCACGGGGUUCCAGGUCCUCGCCACGUCUCCUCCGCGUCCCGAGGAUCCGGACACGCAGGAGGAGAUGCCUCCGGCGCCUAGGCGCGUGGCGUGCGCCAUGCUGUGCAACUUCGUGUCGUCCGUGGCCGUGGUUUUCCUCAACAAGUGGCUCUACGAGCAGCACGGCUUCCCCAGCCUGAGCCUCACGCUCCUCCACUUCGCCUGCACGGCACUCGGCCUCGAGCUGUGCCGGCGCCUGGCGCUCUUCGCCCCGCGCACGCUCUCCCCGCGCCAGCUGCUGCCUCUGGCGCUCAGCUUCUGCGGAUUCGUGGCACUCACCAACCUGUCGCUGAGGAGCAAUACGGUGGGCACCUAUCAGCUCGCCAAGGCCAUGACCACGCCGGUCAUCGUGGCGCUGCAGACCGUCUUCUACGGGAGGCGCUUCUCAGCCAAGGUUCAGCUCACGUUGGUCCCCAUCACAAUGGGCGUUGUGCUGAACUCGUUCUACGACGUGCGGUUUAACGUCCUGGGGAGCGUGUAUGCUGCCCUGGGUGUCGUCGUCACCUCUCUCUACCAAGUGUGGGUGGGAGAGAAGCAAAAGGAGCUGCAGGUGAACUCCAUGCAGCUGCUCUACUACCAGGCACCCAUGUCGUGUGCGAUGCUGCUGUUCGUCGUGCCCCUGGCUGAGCCGCUCACGGGGCCGGGCGCUCUCCUCUCCCCCUGGUCCCUUGGCACCGUGGUGCUGGUGCUGCUGUCGGGAGUGGUGGCGUUCUCCGUCAACCUGUCCAUCUACUGGAUCAUUGGCAGCACCUCCCCCGUCACCUACAACAUGUUCGGGCACUUCAAGUUCUGCGUGACGCUGCUGGGAGGGUACCUGCUGUUCGAGGACCCGCUCUCCGCGUACCAGGCGCUCGGGAUCCUGUGCACGCUGGCUGGCAUCGCGGCGUACUCGCACAUCAAGCUGUCGGAGCAACGCGAGGCAGCGCGUAGCCGCCUGGGACAGAGGCCCUGACCACGUGUCUGCCUGCCACGUGUGUGUCGGUGUGACCGGGGCCAGCUGGGGCCAUCAGGGGUCAGCCAGGGCCAGCCAGGGCCAGCCAGGGCCAGCCAGGAUCAGCCCUGGGCUUAACUGCCGCUCGCUGGAGUGCGCAUGGUGGCAGUGGGGCCCUUGGAGAAUAAAACCCAAAUCUUUGUAUUUAAAAUGACCCUCAGUCUUUUAAAUCGAUAACCUAAACAAGUAAAUCAACGUGCCAAUUUUGUUUUGUAAAAAUAUAGGUUUUAAACGUUUGCAUUGUAUUUAAUACAUUUAUGACCACACCGUUUCUAGUGGCCGCCGCUCCCUGUUGGGCCAGUGGCGAGUGAUGCGUAGCGUGGAGCGAGGGUGAAAUUAAUCAUGUGGGGGUCACGGCGCUGACCGGGCAGCAUCUGCCUGCAUCGUGGCCACGCUCUGCCAUUAAAACCGAAGCCACGA